GCGGUAUGACGUUGAAAUUUCGGUAUACCGUACCGAACCAACCCUACUACCACCUUUUAUUCUAUUACAAUGUUAUGGAAAUUGCAAAAGAGAAAAUAAAGGAGGUCAUAAGAUGUUUUUACUUGGACUGUAAUUUGAUGGUCUGGUCUGAUCUGGUCUGGUCUGGUCUGCACUGGUCUGAUCUGGUCUAGUCUGGUCUAGUUUCUUUUUAUUAAAAACAUCCCAGGCUUUGGGUGCGCCGAUCCAUUCCCUGCUCUAGACACAUUUACUUCAGCCACGAAGUCCGCGUUCAACUUGUUCAAGACAUAGACUAGUCAAGGAAGCAUAAGGAAGAUAUAUCAAGCUUCGCUUCAUUAGCAGUUCAAAUAAUGGCACGAAAGAUGUUAGUUGAUGGAGAGAUUAAGAAUCCUGUUGAGGAAGAAGCUCACUAUGAUUUUGAUCUAUUUGUGAUUGGGGCAGGGAGCGGCGGCGUUCGUGCUUCCCGAUUUUCUGCUCAAUAUGGAGCAAAGGUUGGAAUCUGUGAGCUUCCGUUUCAUCCUGUCAGCUCUGAAGUCAGUGGAGGAGUUGGUGGAACGUGUGUGAUCCGUGGGUGUGUGCCUAAAAAAAUUUUGGUUUAUGGAGCUUCUUUUGGGCCUGAACUUGAGGAUGCGAGGAAUUAUGGAUGGGAGGUGAAUGAGAGGCUUAAUUUGAAUUGGAAGAAACUUCUGCAUAAAAAGACUGAGGAAAUCGUUAGAUUAAAUGGAAUAUACAAGCGCCUUCUUUCCAGCGCAGGAGUCAAACUCUUUGAAGGAGAGGGAAGGAUAAUUGGUCGAAAUGAGGUUGAGGUAAUACAACUGGAUGGGACUAAAAUUAGCUAUUCCGCAAAGCACAUUCUCAUUGCAACAGGCAGUAAGGCUCAGCGUCCAGCAAUCACAGGGCAGGAAUUGGCGAUUACAUCUGAUGAGGCCUUGAGCUUAGAAGAUCUACCAAGACGGGUCGUGAUACUUGGGGGAGGGUACAUUGCUGUUGAGUUUGCCUCUAUAUGGCGUGGAAUGGGUGCCACAGUAGAUCUAUGUUUCCGCAAGGAACUUCCUUUGAGAGGUUUUGAUGAUGAAAUGCGAGCUGUAGUUGCAAGGAAUUUAGAAGGAAGGGGAGUCAAUUUGCAUCCUUGCACAACCUUGACUGAGCUAGUGAAAACAGAAGAUGGUAUCAGAGUACAUACGGACCAUGGUGAAUCUUUGCUGGCAGAUGCUGUACUGUUUGCCACAGGGCGUGUACCUAAUUCAAAAAGGCUGAAUUUGGAAGCUGUGGGUGUUGAGCUUGAUAAGACUGGAGCCAUAAAGGUUGAUGAGUUUUCUCGAACUAACAUACCCAGCAUAUGGGCUAUUGGUGAUGUCACUAACCGGCUGAAUCUUACUCCUGUUGCUUUAAUGGAAGGGACCUGCUUUGCGAAAACUGCUUUUGGUGGAGUACCCACGAAACCUGACUAUACAAAUAUUCCUUGUGCUGUAUUCUGCAUACCCCCACUUUCAGUAGUGGGGUUAAGUGAAGAGGAAGCUAUAGAGAAAGCAAAUGGAGAUACUGCAGUGUACACUUCAACAUUCAACCCCAUGAAGAACACUAUCUCUGGGCGGCAAGAGAAGUCAGUUAUGAAGCUUCUGGUUGACACACAGACUGAUAAAGUUAUAGGAGCAUCAAUGUGUGGUCCUGAUGCCGCUGAAAUUAUGCAGGGAAUUGCUGUUGCAGUAAAGUGUGGAGCAACUAAGGCAGAUUUUGAUUCCACGGUGGGCAUACACCCUUCCGCCGCAGAAGAGUUCGUGACAAUGCGGUCUGCAACAAGGCUUGUUCCUCCGGCUACCAAACCAAAGACAAACCUAUGAUGGUAAAAAGAGAAACAUGAUUCAUCAUAAGCGCUUCAUUUUUUUAUAAUGCAUGUGGGAAAACUGAUUCAUGAUUUGCUCAAAAUAUUAUUUAUAUGCUUUACUAAGAACUAAAAGCCAAUAUUUGAAUUUAUUUAUGAUCAUGGCUGUAUAAUUGAUAGAAUAAGUUGAUAGAAGCUACAGUUAUUAAAUUGUGUUCUGUUACGUUCCACGGUUUGCAUGAUUGAUGAUAUAAGACGAUGAUCAAUUAUAGUAGUAUUACGUAACAUAUAAGAUGUGGAAUAAAGUGCAUUGGUUGUUUA